AAUCUGCUCUCUUUGGCCUACCAGCGGUGCUCAUUUGGCCAACAAUAAAUGAAGAGAUGAGAAAGAACCAUGGAUGGCAAGGGCGAAAUUUUCCACCUUUUGUUAGUGCUUUUUCAGGAGAUUCCCUCGUUAAAACCCAUGGGAACCCAAGUGGAAAGUCUGUCCUUGAUCGCGAGAGGGAGAAAAAGAGAAAAAAGAGAAAUGGCACUCUCAGGCGAAGAAUUUGACGUGAUUGUGGUGGGCGCAGGAAUUAUGGGAAGCUCCACCGCCUACGAAGUGGCCAAAAGGGGUCAAAAAACCCUCUUACUCGAGCAAUUUGAUUUCUUGCACCAGCGGGGCUCCUCUCACGGCGAGUCUCGCACCAUACGAGCAACCUAUCCGGAGGAUUACUACUUUCCAAUGGUCAUCGAAUCAUACAAACUCUGGCAGGAGGCCGAAUCUCAAAUUGGCUACAAGGUCUACUUUAAGGCUGGACAUCUCGACAUGGGCGACUCCCACGACAAGAGCAUGCGUGGCAUCAUAAACACCUGCCGCAAACACUCAGUCUCGCAUGAAGUUCUUGAUCGCCGGCAACUUGCCGACAAGUUUUCCGGAAGGUUCGAUAUCCCGGAGGAUUGGAUUGCUGUGUUUACCGAGUAUGGCGGAGUGAUAAAGCCUACCAAGGCAGUGUCCAUGUUCCAAGCCUUGGCGUUUCAAAAGGGCGCUGUUUUAAGGGAUUGCAUGGAAGUGAAAGAUAUUAAAAAAGAGGGUGUCAAAGGGGGCGUAUGGGUUUACACCGGUAAUGGUGAAAAGUUUUGGGGUAAAAAAUGUGUGGUAACAGUUGGGGCUUGGACGAGAAAGUUGGUUAAAACGGUAGUUGGAAUUCAACUGCCUAUACAACCCUUGGAGACUGCAGUGUGUUACUGGAGGAUUAAGAAGGGAAAUGAAGAAAAGUAUGUGAUCGGAGGGGAUUUUCCGACGUUUGCAUGCUACGGUGACCCAUAUGUAUACGGCACGCCGUCGUUGGAGUAUCCGGGGUUGAUAAAGAUGGCAGUGCAUGGGGGGCGUCCGUGUGACGAGGACAAGAGGCCAUGGGGGCCAGGAACGGCGUUGGAGUCUUUGAAACAAUCGGUUGAGGAGAGGCUAUCAGGGAUGGUUGAUUCCGGGGCGCCUGUGGCCACGCAAUUGUGCAUGUAUUCGAUGACACCCGAUGAGGAUUUUGUAAUUGAUUUCUUGGGCGGGGAGUUUGGGAAGGAUGUUGUGAUGGGAGGUGGGUUUUCCGGGCAUGGGUUCAAGAUGGGGCCGGUGGUGGGGAGGAUACUAGCUGACCUUGUGCUUACUGGGGAGGCAAAAGGGGUGGAGCUAAAACACUUCAGGAUCGGAAGGUUUGAGGAGAAUCCUCAAGGGAAUGUCAAAGAUUUUUAAGAUCCAAGCCUCUACUGCACUAUUCAUCCUCACAGAUAUAUUCAAUAAAAACCCGUUUCCAUGUGUAACAAAAACUAUGGUCACAUUUUGUGGCCGUUGAAGUCUUAUCUUUAUUAUGCUGCAA